GCGCAUCUCGCCGACCGGGAACACCGAUUUGUGAACAUUUGGGCCUUUUUGCUCCCGUCAGCCGUGUUUCCUGCUGCAGAGGGCGGCGGGUCGUUAAAGCGACACGUCGUGUCGGUCGGUAUUAUGACAGACGGGGAUGUCAGUCGUGCAGAAGGCGCCGUGUUUGUUUUGCGUGGCGACAUGAGGCGGGGGGUGGAGAGCGGCCACAGAGACGCUGGGCUCCGGCCAAACGUUGCCGCGUUUUAGCGCCUCAUUCUUCACUGGGAUUGGCGUUGCAUCCGCCGGUCGGGCCGUUUUUUCUGCAAAGUGCACAGGCGGAAAAUGCAGCUGAUCUGAGGACAGCCCCUCUCUCCUCACAGAUCCUUCGCUGCCAUGACAGGCGCAUGUCUCCUCUCGACCGCGGCGGCUGCAGAACACACACACUGAUUCAGCCGAUGAUGCUCUGCAAGUAAAUACACACUGUCACUCAGGGAAAAGGAAAUCCAGAAAAGGAAACCAUGUCUUCUCGAUCUGCAUUACCGUCUGGAAACGACAGGAGUACGGGAGAGCACCAUGUGUCACUGGCGGCUAGCCGCGCGGACAAGGCCACCAGCCAGUCAAGCCGCUCGCUAGGCGCACGAUGCAGGAACUCUAUUGCUUCCUGCUCUGACGAACAGCCACACAUUGGCAACUACCGUCUGCUCAAGACUAUCGGCAAGGGAAAUUUUGCCAAGGUCAAGCUGGCUCGCCACAUCCUGACGGGCAAAGAGGUUGCAAUAAAAAUAAUUGACAAAACUCAGUUGAACCCAACCAGCCUACAAAAGCUAUUUCGGGAGGUACGAAUAAUGAAAGGCUUAAAUCACCCCAACAUAGUGCAACUGUUCGAGGUGAUUGAGACGGAUAAGACGCUUUACCUCGUCAUGGAGUACGCAAGUGGAGGUGAAGUGUUUGACUACCUCGUAUCUCAUGGGAGAAUGAAGGAGAUUGAAGCCAGAGCCAAAUUUCGACAGAUUGUUUCUGCUGUCCACUACUGCCACACUAAGAACAUUGUCCACAGAGAUCUGAAGGCGGAGAACCUUUUGCUGGACGCCGAUGCCAAUAUCAAGAUUGCCGACUUUGGCUUCAGCAACGAGUUCACGCUGGGCAACAAGCUGGACACAUUCUGUGGCUCACCACCCUACGCCGCUCCUGAGCUGUUCCAGGGCAAGAAGUAUGACGGGCCCGAGGUGGACGUCUGGAGUCUCGGCGUCAUCCUCUACACGCUCGUCAGCGGGUCAUUGCCAUUUGAUGGGCAGAACCUGAAGGAGCUGAGGGAGCGCGUGUUGAGAGGAAAGUACCGCGUGCCCUUCUACAUGUCCACAGACUGUGAGGGGAUCCUACGUCGGUUUCUAGUGCUCAAUCCUACCAAACGCUGCACCCUAGAGCAAGUCAUGAAGGACAAGUGGAUAAAUACAGGGUAUGAAGGAGAUGAUCUGAAGCCACAUAUAGAACCCGUUGAAGACUACAGUGAUCCAGCCCGUAUUGAGGUGAUGGUUGGAAUGGGCUUCACUCCAGAGGAAAUUAAAGAUUCUUUACUCAAUCAGAAAUACAAUGAGGUCACCGCUACCUACUUACUGCUGGGCCGCAAAGGCGAUGAUGGCAGUGAUGCCCGCACAACUAGUACCCUGUCCCUGGCAAGGGUUCGACCCAGCCCCAUCACAAAUGGGACCAGCAAGCACUCCACAGCCGCCGGCUCCUCUUCCUCAUCCUCCUCCUCCUCACAUAGUAAGACCCAGCGCAGUGCCUCCACCUACCACAGGCAGCGACGGCACAGUGACUUCUGUGGGCCCUCCAUGCCAGUCAUGCAUCCUAAACGCAGCCCAACCAGCACGGGCGAUCGAGAGCUGCGCGAGGGACGGAUGCCAUCACGAAAGGCCAGCUGCAGCGUGAUGGGAAGCCACAGCCUCCCUCCAUCUAGUCCAAUGGUCAGCAGUGCCAACAACCCCAACAAAUCUGAGAUCCCAGACCGCCGCAAAGACAUGACUGCCACCACGAAUAACAUCCCUGGAAGCACCAUGACACGCCGAAACACAUACGUGUGCACGGACCGCUCGGGCGCUGACAGGCACUCGCUGCUGCAGAACGGCAAAGACAACAGCUCCCUCGGCCACCGCAUGCCUCCAGCAUCUCCGUCCACCCUCAGUAUUGCUGGGGCCGGAGCUGCCUCCUCAUCGUCUUCUGGGGACCGAUGCCGUCUGACCCGAGGGUCUACAAUUCGCAGCACCUUUCACGGGGGACAGCUGAGGGACCGUGGCCCCCCGGUUUACUCUGCCCCACCCACGUCCCCCACUCUUUCCCACCACGAUGCCAGCCCAUUGCCCCAUGCUCGCACCAGGGCGACCUCCAACCUCUUCACCAAGCUGACCUCGAAACUCACUCGCAGGGUCAACCUUGACCCGUCCAAACGCCAGGGCUCAAACAAAUCAGUGUCGGGUUGUACUCUUCCACAAGGAUCAAAAACAGUUAGGUCACAAAUGAAUCUGAGGGAAUCAGGAGAUUUGCGCUCACAAGUUGCCAUCUACCUGGGUAUCAAAAAGCGUCCGAGCCCCGGGCCAUCAGACGUGGCUGGGAUCUGAGUGGAGGCAGGCGGCGGGACCCUGCGGAGGUGGCACUGGCUCUGCGGGAGGCUGCGCUCAGAUGUGGCUGCCAGGUCCACCAUUCUGGCCCCUUUCUGAUCUCCUGCACC